AUGUAUCUUCGAGCGCCAGUGCAAGGCUACGAGGAGGCACUUGGCGUCCACCUUGUGCCGUCAUAUCUGCCUGCGUUGAACACCAUGGUCGCCUUUGGUGAUCUCUACUCACAAACAGAUCGGAAGAAGAUGGCAAACAUAAUGUACAACUCGAGCAUUAUCUGGAUAUACAGCCGUCCAAGGAACUUCCUCGAAAUGGUGUAG